AUGGUGUCUAUCUCAAGAUUCCUUCUUUUGGUCUUUGGUCUUCUGUCCGUAGCACUGGCAAUUGACCCAUUCACCUACGACAAUGACACUUUCAUUCUUCAUGGCGAGCCAUACCUACUCCGUGGCGGCCAGAUGGACCCGCAGCACAUCCCCCACGAACUAUGGCCCGAUCGUCUGGAAAAGGCACGCGCCAUGGGCCUGAACACGAUUUUCUCCUAUGUGUUCUGGGAUCAGCUAGAGCCUACCCAAGGCGAAUGGGAUAACACCGGCAAUAACGACAUCGCAAAGUACUUCCGGCUUGCGCAGGAAAAAGGGUUGAAUGUGAUUCUACGGCCGGGGCCAUACGUCUGCGCCGAGCAUGAAUGGGGCGGUUUCCCAGCCUGGCUCAGCGAAAUCCCGGGGAUGGUUGUCAGAGAUAAUAACAAGCCCUUCCUGGAAGCUUCGAGGGCUUUCAUCAACCGCCUUGCAGAGGAGGUGGGUGAUCUCCAGGUCACAAACGGCGGACCCAUUUUGAUGGUCCAGAUUGAGAACGAGUAUGGAUCCUACGGAAGCAAUCAUGAGUACUUGGCGGCUUUGAAGGAUAUCUUCAUAGCUGCUUUCGAUGUACCAUUUUACACCAACGAUGGUGGCACGCAGAAGAUGCUCGAAGGUGGCCAGAUCCCGGGUGUCUUGGCUGAGACGGACGGCGAUGUGUACGAGGGAUUCGCUGCUCGUGAUAAAUACGUUACCGAUCCAACUAGUCUCGGGCCCCAACUCGAUGGCGAGUACUAUAUCACAUGGCUCGACCAGUGGGCAAGCAAUUACACGCACAAGAGCAACGUCGGAAACAAGGGAGCCACCGAGAAAAUCACAAAGGACGUCAAGUGGCUGCUGAACAAUAACGGCUCAUUCAAUCUCUUCAUGUUUCACGGUGGUACAAACUGGGGAUUCCAAAAUGGAGCUAACUGGGCCGAUGCCCUGCAGCCCAUCACCACAAGCUACGACUACGGCGCACCCCUCGACGAAACAGGCCGGACGAACAAAAUCUACCAUGCGAUCCGAGAGACUAUCGGCGCCAUCAUCGGGGAAGACAAGCUCCCCACUCUUCCAGAGGAGCAGCCAUUGAUUGAAAUCCCAUCUAUUAAACUCACCCCGUCCGUCGACAUAUUUGAUACCCUCCCCGAACCCAUCGAGAAAGAAUUCCCAGUCAACAUGGAAGCAGUCGGGCAGGCGACUGGUCUAAUUCUUUACCGACACGUUAUCACAUCUCCCGUCAGUGGCACGAUCAAAACCGGCGAUAAACCGCGGGAUCGGGUACUCGUGUACGUCAACAAGAGCCGAGUCGGCGUGAUCGAUGGCAGGUACGCUGCACCGAGCACCGUCAACCUGAAUCUGAAAGAAGGCGAUGUGCUCGACAUCCUAGUGGAGAAUCUAGGACGCGUCAACUACGGGCCCAAAAUUGUGGACCAGCGCAAGGGAAUUGUCGGCAAUGUCACAGUUGGCGAAAGUGUGCUUCCCAAGUGGUCGAUAUACCCUUUGCCCUUGGCGUCGCCUCCUGACUCUACCGACAACACAACGCCUCUGAAGCCCUCAGCUGCUUCAGGCCCUACCUUCUUCACAGGAUCGUUCGACUUGGAUAAGGUUGGUGAUACGUUCCUCGAGCUACCCGGCUGGACGAAGGGCGUGGUUUGGGUCAAUGGAGUCAAUUUAGGCCGGUAUUGGGUUGUGGGCCCGCAGCAGUCGCUUUACCUUCCUUGGUGUUACCUUCGUAAGAGUGACAACAAGAUCACUGUUCUUGCCCUCGAGCCUACGGGGACUGACAGCUCCGUUCGUGGAGUUACCUCGCGUAUCUGGGGUAAUAACCCUGACCCAGAUGCUCCGUGA